UAUGUAUUUACUUAUUCUAUAUAAUAAAAAUAUUUGAUGUAUAUUGCUGAAGACUCUUGACAUAUCCAAAAGUGAUGGAAAUGAAAUGGAAUGGAACUUUCCUUAACUUUGAUUGAUGUAGAUAUAGUCAUUGAUACUAUUUGAUCUUUGACAUUGAUGUAAGAGACUCAUUUAUCUACUACUUGCCUACUGUAUCUUAUAUUAUUAAAACUGACAGUUUGUUAGGAACCUUCAACUGAGUUGUACAGUAAAUUAUCAGGAUGUGCAUUAUUAGAUUUUUUUCCUCUGAUGGAUUUAGUACUCAUAGAACAAAAGAAAUUUUGCAUAAAUUAAAACAAAUAGAUUCAGAUGUAACAGAGUUAUCAACUGAACUUUGUUAUCAUGUGGAACUUGCUGAAGGGUGUGAAUAUCUGAACAUAAACCAGAUAAAAAUCUUGAAGUGGCUACUAAGUUCACCACUUCAUCCUCAAGCAUUAAGAAAUGAAACAGUUUAUAAAUCUGUUAGUGAAAGGCAACUUGUAAUUGAAAUUGGACCCAGGUUCAAUUUUUCUACAGCGGACUCUAGUAACUCAGUUCAGAUUUGUGAGAGUGUUGGACUCAGCAAUAUUGUUCGUGUUGAAGUUUCCACUAGGUACCUCAUCACAUUUGCAAAACUGAAAAAUGUGUCUGAAAUCUUAAUUGAAAAUCUCGCAACACCCUUACAUGAUAGAAUGACUCAAUGUAUAUAUACAAAAGAGAAUCUUCCGCGACACACUUUUAAUGAAGGACUACCAAAAAACCUGGAACCUUGGUAUGUGGUACCUUUGCAAAAACAAGGCAAGGCAGCAAUGGAAAGAGUAAAUCAGAAACUAGGUCUUGCAUUUGAUGUAUGGGAUAUGGAUUUUUAUAUGGAUCUGUUUGUUAAUAAGUUGAAAAGGGAUCCAACAAGUGUUGAACUUUUUGAUCUCGCUCAGAGUAAUAGUGAACACUCGCGACAUUGGUUUUUCAAGGGUAAAUUAAUUUUAGAUGAUCAAGAGAUAAGAGAAUCUCUUAUUGAUAUGGUUGCAAAUACACAAAAAACAUCAAACGACAAUAAUGUUAUCAAAUUUGGUGAUAAUAGCAGUGCAGUCAAAGGUUUCAAACAUAUAAAACUACGACCCAAAGAUGUGAGAGCUCCUUCUCAGGUGUUAGAAGAGAUAACUGAAUCUGAUAUAAUAUUUACAGCAGAAACUCAUAAUAUGCCCACAGCAGUGGCUCCAUUCAGUGGUGCUACAACUGGUACUGGGGGUCGUAUAAGAGAUGUGCAAGGUGUAGGUCGAGGGGGUCACACAGUUGCGGGCACAGCCGGGUACAGUGUUGGCAAUCUGUACAUACCAGGAUAUGAUCUCCCAUGGGAAGAAAAAGGAUGGGAGUAUCCGAGAAACUUUGCAAGUCCAUUACAAAUUAUUAUUGAUGCUAGCAAUGGAGCCUCUGACUAUGGAAAUAAGUUUGGAGAGCCAGUAAUAUUAGGUUUUGUACAAUCCUAUGGAUUGAAAAAUGCUGAUAAAGUGAGAGAAGAAUUUAUCAAACCGAUAAUGUUCAGUGGUGGUAUUGGAUAUAUGCCUCACUCUAUGAUAAAGAAACAGAAUCCAGAGAAAGGUAUGUUACUGGUAAAGGUAGGUGGACCAGUAUACCGCAUCGGAGUGGGCGGCGGUGCUGCUUCGUCAGUGGCAGUACAAGGCGGUGAUAGCAGAGAUCAUGCUCUAGACUUCGGUGCUGUACAAAGAGGUGAUGCUGAAAUGGGAAACCGUCUCAAUCGUGUUGUACGUGCCUGUUUAGAAGCAGAAGUAAAUCCAGUAGAAUCAAUACAUGACCAAGGAGCUGGCGGUAAUGGAAACGUUUUAAAAGAGCUUGUGGAGCCAGAGGGCGCAGUAGUGUAUACGAAGGAAUUUCAACUGGGUGACCCCACAAUAACUACCCUCGAGUUGUGGGGUGCCGAGUAUCAGGAAAAUGACGCUCUGCUUUGUACCAAACAGAAUAGGGCGAUAUUAGAAGAUAUUUGUCGGCGUGAACGUUGCCCUGUUUCAUUCGUGGGUGAGGUUACAGGAGAUGGAUAUAUGAGUCUAAUUGAAGACUCUUUCUCAAAUAAGUACCUCGAUAGAAAUGUCAGACUAAGCUCAGAAAUUAAAUCUAAGUUGCCCUUUGAUUUGCAUUUAGAAGCAGUAUUAGGUAAUAUGCCAAGAAAAACAUUUGAUCUGAAAAGUGAUAAAAGAACCAAAACACCAUUAUCACUGCCCACCGAUAUAACUGUCAAAAGUGCAUUGGAUAGGGUUUUAAGGCUCGUUAACGUAUCUAGCAAACGAUACUUAACUAACAAGGUGGAUCGGUGCGUAUCGGGCCUUGUAGCUCAGCAACAGUGCGUAGGUCCGCUACACACGCCGCUAGCGGACUGCGGCGUGGUGGCGCUAUCGCACGCCACCAUCAACGGCGCCGCUACCUCGCUGGGUACACAGAACAUAAAGGGGCUGCUUUGUCCAGCCGCCGGCGCAAGACUCUCACUCGGGGAAGCUCUCACUAACUUGGUAUUCGUCGUCAUAUCGGAGUUGGAAGACGUGAAGUGUUCUGGAAAUUGGAUGUGGCCGGGCAAGACGGGGGUGGAGGGAGGCACACUGGUGGAAGCAUGCCAGGCACUCUGCGCCGCUAUGGCGGUCCUCGGCGUCGCUGUCGAUGGCGGCAAGGACUCGCUCUCUAUGACUGCACAGGUUGCUGCCGAAAAAGUAAAAUCUCCGGGAACUCUGGUAAUGUCAACAUAUGCUCCAUGCCCUGAUAUUAGAGUGAAAAUAGAGCCAGUUUUACAAAGAGAAGGCUCUGCACUUGUACAUGUUCCCGUCACUCCAGGAAAGUAUAGACUUGGAGGGUCCUCUCUAGCACAAUGCUACAAACAAUUGGGUGACAAUCCGCCUGAUCUUGAUGAUCCACGCGUUCUUAAAUCACUAUUUAAAACUACACAAAAAUUAAUAAAAGAGAAUAAAUUGCUGUCGGGCCAUGAUAUCAGUGAAGGAGGCUUUAUUACUACAGUACUAGAGUUAGGCAUAGGAGGUAUACGUGGCUUAAAUUUAGAUCUACAAAUAGACAGUAAAAUAUCUGGGAUAGAGGCACUGUUCAAUGAGGAACUCGGUAUUGUGGUUGAAGUUGAUCAAAUCAAUUUGUCUUAUGUUCUUAAUGAAUAUAAGAAAAAUAAUGUAAAUGCAUAUUAUAUUGGUAACACAGGAACAUAUGGCAUGAAUUCACAGGUGCUUAUUAAAGUGAAUGGUGAAAAAGUACUAGACACUGAGCUCAUAGAUAUAUAUAGGAUGUGGGAAGAGACAAGUUAUCAAUUAGAGUGUCUACAAGCUAACUCUGACUGCGUGAAGCAAGAAUGGAGAGAUCUCGAAAAGCGUAGGGGAGCAACAUACAAGGUCACCUAUGACCCUUCCAUAGCAUUAAUAAAAACAAACCCUGUGAGAGUAGCUGUUCUCCGUGAAGAAGGAACAAAUGGGGAUCGCGAGAUGAUAGCAUCCUUAAUAAUGGCUAAUUUCGAUGUAUUUGACGUGACAAUGAGUGACUUGCAAAAUAAGAAGAUUACCUUGGAUGCUUUUCAAGGCUUGGUAUUUCCCGGAGGUUUCAGUUAUGCUGACACACUGGGAUCAGCAAAAGGUUGGGCUGCGGGAAUUCUCUUCUCGGAGUCCUUACGAUUACAAUUUUCACACUUCAAGAAACGAACAGACACAUUCUCACUUGGUGUUUGCAAUGGGUGUCAAUUAAUGGCCCUCUUAGGAUGGAUUGAUCCACAAGAAUCUUCCAAUACAGCCAACCAGACACAAAUAUUUCUUGAUCAUAAUCUGUCAGAAAGGUUUGAAUGCCGUUGGAGUACCGUGAAGAUUACUGAAGAUACAAGUAAAUCAAAUGUAUGGUUCCGUGGCAUGGGCGGUAGUGUAUUAGGAGUGUGGGUAGCUCAUGGAGAGGGACGGUUUACGACGUCCGAAUCUUAUUUACUCGAUAAAAUAAGAAAGAACGGCCAAAUUGCUAUGCAGUAUGUUGAUGAUGAUGGAGUUCCAACGGAGGCAUAUCCGAUGAAUCCAAACGGAAGUCCUGAAGGAAUAGCGGGCGUAGUGUCUCGUGACGGACGGCACGUGGCCAUGAUGCCGCAUCCCGAGCGAUGCGUGCUGCAGUGGCAGUGUCCGUUCUCGUCGUCUACUCACAAGACACCGCAAAACCCACAGUCACUUGCCUCACCAUGGCUUCGACUCUUCCAGAACGCAUAUGUAUGGGCAUCGCAGCAUACCAGCUAAAUAUAAUUAACGGCGUUAGUAUCGAAAUCAAGUGAUGUCUGCAUUGCCAAUAUUGAAUAACAAUGUAUAAAAUGCAGUAUUUCCACAGUAUGAAAACAAGUUUGGCAAAAAAAGAUCAGGUUAGAAUUUAAAUUAUUAAUAAAUUUAAAAUGUCCUGUUAAGGAAUAUUUUACUGUAAAUCAGUUGUUGUAGUUAUAUGUACAUAUUUUUAGUGCCUUAAAUACAUAAAUUUAAGUAUUUUGUAUUAAUUAUAUUCCCAAAUGAUUUGCGAAUAUCAUUUAUAUAAUGAAUGCAUUCUGCUUCUUCUUUAUUAAUACAAGGAGGAAGCAGAAUAGCCAUAUUCUGCUGAUGACGAUAAUAAUACAUUAACAAUAUUAUUAGUCAAUAGCAAUAUCCAUUAAUAAUAUACUUCGACAUUGAUCAGUAGGGAUCUUUGUUCUGGAAUAAGGUAUUCUAUAUAUACUAUAUUUAGUAAAUGUUU